GAAAAUGGCAGCCCAAACUUUUAUGAGAGUCAUAGUUCCACCUAAUCCGUUUUAUGACCCCCUGGCCCUCCAGUUCACCGGAACGAUCAACCACACUUCGCACGAGACACCCUCUGGAGCGAAGAAACUAAUAGCAUCUAAAGCUCCUCGUAGGAGGAAAAUUCACAAAAGGACAGUCGCUGACCACGCUUACGAAGAGGGAAUGUCGAGAAAUGAAGUGGAGAGACAGCUUCACCGAAUAGAGUUUCAUAGAAUGCACCACAAGGAGGUCGAGGAUAUGGAGAGAGUACUCGGUACUGGGUCUACUUUCGAUAAGCGCAGAGCAUACAACGAGAACUACUCCCAGAUUGACGUCCUCAGUAACCUGAACGUAAGCCCUGGCAAAUGCAAAUGAUUUGAGCUGAUAGUCUGCUGUGCUGCUGAGUUCUGAGAAUCAGAAUAGACCCGAGAACUAAGCGCGCUGAUAAGUGAAACACUAAGCUCACAACACGAGUAUAAACUGAGUUUGAACUCCGCGUGGAACUAACACUGAGCUAGAAGCUGCCAAGAGUCACGUGAUACGUAGUAAUGGUAACCACGUGGUAGUCAUGGUAACCACGUGGUGUCAUGGUAACCUCGUGAUCACGUGGUAAAGCGUGGACGGAGCUGUACUCAGAGUUCAGAACUAUUCAGUGACUGAUUAAUGCUUAGUGAUACACACUACUAAAGGUCUUUCAGAUGGAAUUGGUGUCAGAGAAAUAACUUUCGUGUUAUUUUAUCUUCGUCGAUCUCAAAAACGAAUAUUCUCCUUUGAUCUCGUGAAAGACGCCAAUUUCAUCCGACGAUCAGUUUGAUCAGUGAUUCAAGUUUAAAUCUUUCUUCCUUGUUUGUGUUAUGUUUCUUUGUUUAAAUUAACAUACAGUAACUUUAACUCUUGUGUUGAAAGAAUUGCAAUCUUCAUUAAACCAUUUUGUUCAUGUUAUUGAGAAUCUUAGUGCAGGGCGAUAUGACAUUAAUAACAUAAUAACUAUUUAAGUGGCUAAUAUGAUUUAUUUCCAUCAAUUAAUAAUGAAUUAUCUGUUUAGUUGAUCACAAUUAACAUUAAUAUCAUGUUAUUAAUGUGAUUGUGACUGAUGCUUUAUCAAAAUGUUAUAAUACUUAAUAGUGCCAGAAUCCGUCUUAAAUUAAAAAUAAAAUAACUCAGAAUGAUUAUCUUAUCAAAAGUGAAUAUUUGCUAUUUUUGUGUUUUGGUCUUCUGAAGAAUCAAUUUACAGUUUUAUCAUUAUGCCUCAUAUGCACUGAGCCGUACGCGUAAAUGAAAUAAAUAAAUCGAUUGUAUUUAUAUAAGCAUUUAGCGGAUGAUUUACUUUGAAAUACUAAAUUCAAAAGUAAAUCGUUGUCAUGUCUCGAAUCUCUUCCAACAUAAAUGUAAUGGUUUGCACUUUUCUUAACUGCAUGUUGACAUAUAACAUUAAUAUUUUAUUUAAGCGUUCAACAAAUGAUGUUUUACGAAUAAAGAUUGUAUUUUGUGUAAUUAUCUGAUGUAAUUAAGGUUAAACAUUCUUCUUGAUUA